AUGUAUGGGAGCAAAUGGGACGAGGCGGGCAUCCAGAUGCUAGGCAGAUCGAUCUUAGACGGGGUGACAGGCGACGGAUCACUAAAGUUCAAGGCACUACGGAUCUAUGACACUGCACGGGACGAGACGGCAUAUCGUCGUUUGUUUGUGUUCCUCACGGCAACACGAUCGACUGCCUUUGGCAGCUGGCAAGAUUGUCGAGAGAAGGCCUGGCAGGCCAUCGACAUACGAAAGGCGCGGAGAAAGCAAAAGAUGCGAGAGGCAGGCCGUCCCGGCGGGGAUGAGGGCAACAGUGACAGACUCGGAAAGAGAGGGACUGCGGUCAACGAUCUGAGACAGCUUCUGCCCCUGCUCAACCCCUGGCACAGCCCCCGCGUCCCCGGUGGACUUGCAGUAGCCUGGACCCAAUCCAGCGAGUCACGACCACGAGUCAGCGGCGAUGGGUGGGAUUCCGACACGCUGUACAAGAUAGUAGUGUCCCACUAUCAGAAGCCGAACAACUUUUCCGUAUGGCGUACCGUGGUUCUCUUUCUACUGCGAUGUGUCACUGUCAACGCCUGGACAUGGCCAAUGAUCCGCGAAAUGGAGAGGACGCUACGUACGGGCAGAAUACCUCACGGAUAUUCGCAGGUAAACGUGCCAACACUGCAGUCUGCAAGGCACGCCGCACCGUACGCUACAGCACAACACCACACACACACAAUCAUCCACACACUGGUGCAUCCAUCAUGGAGUCUGACGAGGCACGAGGCACGCCGCACGCCGCACAAGAAGCAGAGAGGCAGAGAGAGGGGACGAGCCCAAUGGGUACGUACUGUCGUCAGGAACGGAACAACGGGACAGGAAGAAACCAAGGCCAAGACCAACCAACCCACACACCCGCAGGCUGCAGCAGUGCAGCACCCCUCCUACACCCCCCUUCGACCGCCCCCUGCAGAUGCUUACCUCAGCGACAAAUCAUAUCGCGCCGCCGGGCAGCUCAAAGUCAACUUCAAACGUGCUUGCUCCGUGCCACCACCAGCAACGGCAGCAACAGGACCACCACCCUCGCCCUCACCAUCAUUACCACCACCCUCACCAUCACCACCACGAUGUCUGCCGACCAACAAUGUCAACGAUGUUGACGACGUCCCAGCUCCAUCAUGGCGCACUCAUAUACCCUCCUUAAUUGUCGAUUACGGGCACGCCUACCUAUGA